AUGCGAGUCACUUUCCGGGAAGCAAAUACGCAGAUGCUGGUGCACGACCCACGGCAGUCGGAGAAUCGGACGCACAAAUCCUUUCAGAUUAUGGACGUUACCUCUGAGGUGAUACGGGACUAUCAUCAGUCUUCUCCCGUUGGUACAGUCCAGCAUCCUCUACUCGACCGGGGAUCCGCCACUCCACUGCACCAUGCGCAGGACCCUGGACGGCGUGAAGAAGAGGCCAGGUGUGACCUACCCAAAUUGAGCACAAGCGCCUCGCAGCCUCUUAAUUCUGAUGAUUCCGAGCUUGCUUCCGAAGACCUUUCAAUGGGUCGCGAGCUUUCCAGGCAUUCGUCUCCGGACCAGUCGGGGGACAUGGCAAACACAAAGCUAUCGGGCCCUGGAGGCCGAACAGAACUGAGUCAGCCCACCGCUGCCGGGAAUUUCGUGGAUAGCAAUCCGUGGUUACAGCAAGUGCUGCACAAAUCGCCUGCCGUGUUCGCUCCUGGUCCAGGCCUUGAUGCGAACACUUCCCCUCUGCUGCAACGCUUUCCUGAAUGUUGUGAUUCCACUAAUUAUUCCCCUGAUGUGAGUCUCGAGGAUGGCGUCUUCCUGCCAGGUUCCGAUUAUCUUGAGCUGCACUCCACCCUGAGGAGCCAUCUCAUGCAAGAAGCGCGAUCCCGUUACCCUUCUCGGCGAAACUCUACCGACAGCGCGGGUCCAGCUCGAUCGAGUCUCGGGCGCGAAGGUUUCACUACGGUCCCGAUUGUACAGCUCGGGGAUUACGAAGAUUAUAGCCUGAUGUCCAACAACCAAAUCCCCGUGGAUCUGCCCAAGGAUGUGGAAUAUGUUUUGUGGAAGAACUGGUUGGAAGAGAUUGCCCCGUGGCUGGACAAGUUUGACAGUCAACGCCAUUUCCAAUAUACCCUUCCCGUGAUGGCGCAAUCCCACGAGCACCUCCGGUACGCCAUGUUAGCUGUAUCUGCCCGCCAGCAAGAGCAGAAAGAUAAAACAUUGCCCAUUGAGCGCAGUUUAAUGCUUUACCAUAAAGCCAUCCAGCUUCUCCUCCCACAGCUUCCAACGAGGACUACUGCGGUGAUCGGGUCUUGCGUUGUCCUGUGUGUGCUGGAGAUGCUCAGCUGUGCCCCGAAAGCCUGGCGACGGCAUCUCGACGGAUGCGCACACUUGAUGCAAGCAGUGGGUAUCAAUGGCUUCGUUGGAGGUGUUGAGCAGGCACUCUUUUGGUGCUUUGCCCGGAUGGACGUAUGCGGCGGCUUGAUUUCCUCCAUCAAGACACUGAUACCGGUCAACCACUGGGCUUCCAUGAUUGACCUCAAUACGGACAUCGGACUCUUUCAAUCCGUAUCUACGUUUGAAACCUGCGCAAACCAAGCAGUCUACCUCUGUGCGCAGACCUUGGAUCUCCUGGCGCCAUCCCACUUGCUAGGACGAGCGGCGAGUGUGCGGUGCGACCCCAGCGACGUAGCCUACAUGGAACGAUGGUUGAAGCUGUGGCGUUAUAUGGAAGACUGGCACGUCAAACGGCCAAAAGAGAUGAAACCAAUCGUCAACCUUCCCUCCACUGAUCCAUUUCCCACGAUUCUUUUCAGCAAUGCAGCGGCAAUAUCCGGAAACCAGCUCUACCACACCGCGGCAAUAUUACUGUUGCAGUCCAAGCCGACCAAUGUGCGACUAGACCCCAAGCCACGCUCGAUCUUGUGGCAUGCCCGCCAGAUUUGUGGCAUCUCCAUGAGCAAUGACCAUCACGGCGCGUGGACCAACUCGAUCCAACCGCUGUGGAUUGCGGGCCAGUGGAUGAGCCACCCAAGCGAGCACCAGGCAAUUUUGAGAUUACUUGAGAAAAUCGAACAGGAGUGUGGUUGGCCCACCAAGUGGCGGGCGGUCGACCUUCAAGAGUUUUGGGGAGAUUUGUCGCAAUAA